GCCGUUGCCGCAGUGACAGAGCUGGGGGAGUCCGAAGAUGGCGGCGUCGCGUCGCUCUCAGCAUCAUCACCACCAUCAUCAACAACAGCUCCAGCCCGCCCCAGGGGCUUCGGCGCCGCCGCCGCCACCUCCCCCGCCACUCAGCCCGGGCCUGGCCCCUGGGACCACCCCGGCCUCCCCUACGGUGGGCGGCCUGGCUCCGUUCGCCUCCCCGAGGCACGGCCUAGCGCUGCCGGAGGGGGAUGGCAGUCGGGAUCCGCCCGACAGGCCCCGAUCCCCGGACCCGGUUGACAGUGCCAGCUGUUGCAGUCCCACGAGCACAAUCUGUACGGUUGCCGCCGCUCCUGUGGUCCCGGCGGUUUCUGCCUCAUCUGCCGUCGGGGUCGCUCCCAACCCAGCCGGCGGCGGCAGUAACAAUUCACCGUCGUCCUCUUCUUCCCCGACUUCUUCCUCCUCUUCCUCUCCAUCCUCCCCCGGAUCGAGCUUGGCGGAGAGCCCCGAGGCGGCCGGAGUUAGCACCACAGCACCAUUGGGGCCUGGGGCUGCGGGCCCGGGGCCAGGGGUCCCAGCAGUGAGCGGGGCCCUGCGGGAACUGCUGGAGGCCUGUCGCAAUGGGGACGUGUCCCGGGUAAAGAGACUGGUGGACGCGGCAAACGUGAAUGCUAAGGACAUGGCCGGCCGGAAGUCUUCUCCCCUGCACUUCGCUGCAGGUUUUGGAAGAAAGGACGUGGUAGAACACUUACUACAGAUGGGUGCUAACGUCCAUGCUCGUGAUGAUGGCGGUCUCAUUCCACUUCAUAAUGCGUGUUCUUUUGGCCAUGCUGAGGUUGUGAGUCUGUUACUGUGCCAAGGAGCUGAUCCAAAUGCCAGGGAUAACUGGAACUAUACCCCUCUGCAUGAAGCUGCUAUAAAAGGAAAGAUCGAUGUAUGUAUCGUGCUGCUGCAGCACGGAGCUGAUCCAAACAUUCGGAACACCGAUGGGAAGUCAGCCCUGGACCUGGCAGAUCCUUCAGCCAAAGCCGUCCUCACAGGUGAAUACAAGAAAGACGAACUCCUAGAAGCUGCUAGGAGUGGUAAUGAAGAAAAACUAAUGGCUUUACUGACUCCUCUAAAUGUGAAUUGCCAUGCAAGUGAUGGGCGAAAGUCAACUCCUUUACAUCUAGCAGCAGGCUACAACCGCGUUCGGAUCGUUCAGCUUCUCCUCCAGCAUGGUGCUGAUGUGCAUGCAAAAGACAAAGGUGGACUUGUGCCUCUUCAUAAUGCGUGUUCAUAUGGACAUUAUGAAGUCACAGAACUGCUACUAAAGCAUGGAGCUUGUGUUAAUGCUAUGGAUCUGUGGCAGUUUACCCCACUUCAUGAGGCUGCUUCCAAGAAUCGCGUAGAGGUCUGCUCUUUGUUACUUAGCCAUGGUGCCGAUCCCACUUUAGUUAACUGCCACGGCAAAAGUGCGGUAGACAUGGCUCCAACUCCUGAGCUCCGGGAAAGAUUGACUUAUGAAUUUAAAGGUCACUCUUUACUACAAGCAGCCAGAGAAGCAGACCUAGCCAAAGUUAAAAAAACACUUGCUCUGGAAAUCAUUAAUUUCAAACAGCCACAGUCUCAUGAAACUGCACUGCACUGUGCUGUGGCCUCUCUGCAUCCCAAACGCAAACAAGUGACAGAAUUGUUACUUCGAAAAGGAGCAAAUGUUAAUGAGAAAAAUAAAGAUUUCAUGACUCCCCUGCACGUUGCAGCAGAGAGAGCCCACAACGAUGUCAUGGAAGUUCUCCAUAAACACGGAGCAAAGAUGAAUGCACUGGACACCCUUGGUCAGACCGCUUUGCAUAGAGCUGCCCUUGCUGGUCAUCUGCAGACAUGCCGCCUGCUGCUGAGUUACGGCUCAGAUCCCUCCAUCAUCUCCUUACAAGGCUUUACAGCAGCACAGAUGGGGAACGAGGCCGUGCAGCAGAUUCUGAGUGAAAGUACACCUAUACGCACUUCUGAUGUUGACUAUCGACUCUUAGAAGCAUCUAAAGCCGGAGACUUGGAAACUGUGAAGCAACUUUGCAGCCCUCAGAAUGUGAAUUGCAGAGAUUUAGAGGGCCGGCAUUCCACGCCCUUACACUUCGCAGCAGGCUACAACCGUGUGUCUGUUGUGGAAUACCUCCUCCACCAUGGUGCCGAUGUCCAUGCCAAAGACAAAGGUGGCUUGGUGCCCCUUCAUAAUGCUUGUUCAUACGGACACUACGAAGUAGCUGAGCUCUUGGUAAGACAUGGGGCUUCCGUCAAUGUGGCGGACUUAUGGAAAUUUACCCCUCUACAUGAAGCAGCAGCUAAAGGAAAAUAUGAAAUCUGCAAGCUCCUUUUAAAACAUGGAGCAGAUCCCACUAAAAAGAACAGAGAUGGAAAUACACCUUUAGAUUUGGUAAAAGAAGGAGACACAGAUAUUCAGGACUUGCUGAGAGGAGAUGCUGCUUUGUUGGAUGCUGCCAAGAAGGGCUGCCUGGCAAGAGUGCAAAAGCUCUGUACCCCAGAGAAUAUCAACUGCAGAGACACCCAGGGCAGAAACUCCACCCCUCUGCACCUGGCAGCAGGCUACAAUAACCUGGAAGUAGCGGAGUAUCUUCUAGAGCACGGAGCAGAUGUUAAUGCCCAAGACAAAGGUGGUUUAAUACCUCUUCACAAUGCGGCAUCCUAUGGGCAUGUGGACAUUGCAGCAUUAUUGAUAAAAUACAACACAUGCGUAAAUGCAACAGACAAGUGGGCAUUUACUCCUCUUCAUGAAGCAGCCCAAAAAGGCAGGACGCAGCUUUGUGCCCUACUCCUAGCGCACGGUGCAGAUCCGACUAUGAAGAACCAGGAAGGCCAGACCCCUUUAGAUCUGGCGACAGCUGAUGACAUCAGAGCUCUGCUGAUAGAUGCCAUGCCCCCAGAGGCCUUACCGACGUGUUUCAAACCUCAGGCUACUGUCGUGAGCGCCUCUCUGAUCUCACCAGCAUCCACCCCCUCCUGCCUGUCUGCUGCUAGCAGCAUAGACAACCUCACCGGCCCCUUAGCAGAGCUGGCCGUGGGAGGGGCCUCCAACACCGGGGAUGGCGCGGCGGGCGCAGAGAGGAAGGAAGGAGAAGUUGCGGGUCUUGACAUGAAUAUUAGCCAGUUCCUAAAAAGCCUUGGUCUUGAACAUCUUCGGGACAUCUUUGAAACAGAACAGAUUACCCUAGAUGUGUUGGCUGAUAUGGGUCAUGAAGAGUUGAAAGAAAUAGGCAUCAAUGCAUAUGGACACCGCCAUAAAUUAAUCAAAGGAGUAGAAAGACUCUUAGGUGGACAACAAGGCACCAACCCUUAUUUGACUUUUCACUGUGUUAAUCAGGGAACCAUUUUGCUGGAUCUUGCUCCAGAAGAUAAAGAGUAUCAGUCAGUAGAAGAGGAGAUGCAAAGUACAAUUCGAGAACACCGAGAUGGUGGUAAUGCUGGAGGCAUCUUCAACAGAUACAAUGUCAUUCGAAUUCAGAAAGUUGUGAACAAGAAGUUAAGAGAGCGGUUCUGCCACAGACAGAAGGAAGUAUCCGAGGAGAAUCACAACCACCACAAUGAGCGCAUGCUGUUUCACGGUUCUCCUUUCAUUAAUGCCAUUAUUCAUAAAGGGUUUGAUGAGCGACAUGCAUAUAUAGGAGGAAUGUUUGGUGCUGGGAUUUAUUUUGCUGAAAACUCUUCUAAAAGCAACCAAUAUGUUUAUGGAAUCGGAGGAGGAACAGGCUGUCCCACGCACAAAGACCGGUCAUGUUAUAUAUGUCAUAGGCAAAUGCUUUUCUGUAGAGUGACCCUUGGCAAGUCCUUCCUGCAGUUCAGCACCAUGAAAAUGGCCCACGCCCCUCCAGGCCAUCACUCUGUCAUUGGGAGGCCAAGUGUGAAUGGGCUGGCCUACGCUGAAUACGUCAUCUACAGAGGAGAGCAGGCAUACCCAGAGUAUCUGAUCACAUACCAGAUCAUGAAGCCAGAAGCUCCUUCACAGACCGCGACAGCCGCAGAGCAGAAGACCUAGUGAACGCCCAUCGGUAAAGGCCAGAUCGGAUUUCAGCCCGGGCCUGGAUGACAGUGGAUUGUUUUCAACAAAAUCAAUAUACUAUAAAUCCCCGACAGCCUAGAAAUAAGCUGUUUGUCUUUUAUAAAGCAUUGCGAUAGUGAUGAAUAUAGUAUGAGUAACUAAUACAUACUCAACUGCUACUGUUCCCUUUGAGGAAAUGUUUACAGGGGCGGCCUUUUACUAUAUCUCAGGCUCAUUUUCAUUGCAGUUAUCCAUCGCUAAGACAGGACUACUUUGAUCUAGACUUGGAAAUGGGAAAAAAGACAACAUAACCAAUACUCUCCCAAAUGUUCACAAUUCACACACUACAUUUGCUUUUCUACAUACGGCCCGUGUAUAUAAUAAAUAUGCACAUAUGACAGGCUCAUUUUUUAGUUUUUUCUGAGCAUUUAUCAUCCACUUUUUGUUGCUAUCAUUGUUGUUGCUUACUUUGAAAAUGAGCCCGAGCCUUCCUGAGGAUAUUUUGCACAGUCACACUGACUAAAAUCACUAGUGACAUAACCCGAGCUUCCAGCUGAGCAAGGCUUUUAGUGUCCACUUUUUUUCCCCCACUGAUUUAUUUUUUAUCUGUACCUCUUAUCAGCAUAAACGGAGAUGGAAAGGAAAAACGCCACAUUUCAGUUUCCUUUUAUGAUUGGCCAGUCUUCCAAGGGAAAGGCACCCAGCAUCCACCUGAUUUAGGAACUCCCAGGUUCAGAGCAAGUCGAAGCCCAUGAGAGUCACUCGCACUUCCCAACGCAGGCCUGCCUCCGAGGCGUUCAGGACGGUGCUGGAGGGCCAGGAAGAGCCCAGCCAGUGAGAGGCUGUGGUGACAUUCAGAGGGGAAACCGCCGGGGAGGCCUGUGAAUCCAGAAGCAUCAUUAAGACGCGUGAGGGGCCUGAGGUGCGAAAAUACGGCAACAGAAAAGGACCACGAGGACUUCUCCAAGAUAACACUACUUCCCUUCACUUAACCCGCACCACCAGAACUGUCGCCCCAGAAUCAGCUGCCUUACUUCCCAAUUCGGUGGAAUUACCAUGCUCCAGUAGAAUCACAGAAAUAUGCUUGAUUGUUUCUCUAGUUUAGAAAGCUGGGGUUCAAAUCCUGUUUAGUCACUAGAUAGGCACAAAUGGGAGAACUCUUUUGUUUGCUCCAGAUUUGGGGUUUAUUUUGAGUGAGGUGCUUCAGAUAGUUUACAUAGGUCCCUGCACUAAAUUUUUGAACCAUUGUCUCAAACUGCUUAAUAGAUGAGGAGAACAAAAAUGGAAACCAAAGCUCUUUUGGUUGUUUUUUAAAUGAAAGAGAAAAAGUCAAUACUGUUCCUUCUUGAAAUCACUGCUUUGCUUUGCUUUUUUUCCCUCAACAUUUGUCAAGUGCACGUUGACACUUAAAAAAAUUAUCCGUGACAGUUCUCACACUUGUCCUUUUCAUCUUAACUGAAUAUUGAAUUGAGUGCAUUAACAUAUUGGACAUGCUGUGUGUCUACUCAGCUUCGAAGCAAAGUAAUAUAAAUGUGGUGGAAAAAAAGGAAAAACAGUGUGAUGCAAACUUGCCAUUUCAAUUUACAGUCCUGAAAACUAAUUUGCUUGUUUGUUUUUUUAAUGCAGGUUGAUUAAGCUGUGACUUCAUUUAAUCUCCUAAAGAAAAAUAAAAUGGUUACAUGCAAAGAUUCUAGAAUAGGGUCUUAAAAAUACACAUUUUGCUUUCCUUUUGGCUUGAGUCCAAUGCUAGAACUAGGCAUCGGGAAUUAGUUUUGAGUUUUAUAGCUGAAUCUUGCAUGGGUCCUCAAAAUUAAAUCAAGAAUUAGCCUCAGUUGUUGCUUCUAUUGAAGUUUUAGUGACCCAAGCUGGGUGUUUGUGUCUUGGCUACUUGUUUAAUAGCACUAGAAUUCCACACAGAGCUCCCAAGUGUGAUAUUCAUGAAGAGGGCUUUCUUCCUCCUUUCCUUCUGUUUUGCUGUGUUUGUAACAGUGGGUUGAAGGAAUUGGCAUUUGUGUCGUUUUCCGUAGCUGUGAAAGUGUAUAAUACUUGCCUCCAAUUAGAUAUAGUUUAAAAUGGUAAACACAGCUGUGAUUUUUAGUAAAGUAAAAGGAUGAAUAUGGUAUGGAUCUCAAAAGCUUUAUAGCUUCAUUAAAAACAUAAGCCACUACCUACUCAACUGUGGUUAUAUGUCAUUUCCGUCACACUAACUAGGUUAAUGGAUGUGCCAGUUUGAAACUUCAGCCUUAUAUUUGAGAAGCUAAGCCGUGGUUCGGUAUUUAAACUGCCAAUGUUACAUCUGACAUUCUGUGUGCCGAGUAAAGGUACCGUGUAAGGAAGACAUUUGCUGUGCUUCUUGUCUUGUAGUGAUUUGAGUAUGUAGUAGUUCUUGAAGGAAUGUGUACAUAUUACUCAUCUGCUGAAGAGAAUGAGGUAAUCAAUAUCUCAUAGGAGCCAAAUACAUUUUUUCAAAACUUGAAAACCAAAGGUUACCCUGAGCGUGUUUCAAGUUAGCAGACAUUGAUUGCAUUUGGAAUUUCCACCCAUAGUAGUGUGAAAAACCCUUUGGGGCUUAAAAGCAUGGCAUUCAGUUAGGCUGAAAUGCAGUUAAUGUCUUGUACACGCUCUACAGAAACACUAGCAAGUGAGGGCUUCCAGUAUGCCCGCCCCUGAGUGGCCCCUCUGUUUCCCAAACCACACAGAAGAAAGAAUCCAGACCCUCCACCAGCCCACUGCAGGUCUGACAUCAAAGAGCUUCUAGCCCUGAUGGCCCAGUUUGCUAGCUGUUGGCAUCAGUUAAGUGGUCUGGACUGGGCACUUUUCUCCUUGUUCUUGGCCUCCUUCCCUUUUCCCCAGAUUGCUAAUCUGGAUUUAUGAUUAGCUCCAGCAGUUACCUUUGACCCCACUCAUUUGCCUCCUUUCUCUGUCUUGAGUCUUGCAUACAUACAGUGACUGUACCUCAGUUUCCAGUUCACAACCAGAGUCAGGUAGUAGGCCUCAUGUUCUCUGCUUAGAAGAUUCGGCCACUGUGUUGACAGAUGACAGCGUGGAACCCAGAGUUCUAAUUCUAUGCAGAAUAAUAGCAGUACAACCAGAAUCCUUCCCUUAUCUUUUCCUUCUUGGAAUUUGGAAUUCCUAGCUUUUCAGUAACAUAAGUAGAGUAAACAAUACUAGGAUGUUUGUGUGAAAUGACAUCCUUGUGCUCCUUUGAGCUUGAUGUUAGUGACUACACUAAUUUCCCUUUGUUCUCAAAAUAGCGAAGUGCAUUGAUAAGUGCAGAGAAAUGCCUGAAUGUGGCAAAUAAAGUAAUAUAGAGUAAUAUCAUAGCUUCUAUUCAAAAAAUAAAAUUUUGGUGUACUCUAGAAAACAGCAUUAGAAUGCAAUAAGUUGUCUAUGUUUUUCUCUGUCUCACAGCUGCACAACGGUUCUUGGCCACUGCUCACCCUCGUUCUUAAACACCUGUACCUUCUGGAUUUCCAACACUUUCAAACAGAGAUGGUGUGUAUUUUUAAGCACCUUUCCCCUAGGAUAUCCAGAUCCCAUUUGUAUGAUAAUCUCUGAUAAACAGCCUUUUUUCUGUAUUUUUCUUUUGGGCAGUUAUCUGACAUAGAACUAUAGAUUUUAAUCAUUCAGGCAGCGCUUAAAACUGACAUUAAGAUAGGGUUUCAUCUGUCAGAAAUUUAAAGACUAAACUUUGAUGUCAGAUCAGUGACAUAGAAAUUAAAAGAAGGUAAUUGUGAAGAUGAUAUUUGUGCUUUGGCUGGACACGUCUAGCAUAUGAAAAGGAAAUGCAUUAAAAAAAGAAACUUAAAAAGUAAGACUACUUCAGAUACCUUGUGCAUUCUGAAAUUAAUAGACAAAUAACUAUGGCAGAGAACUUUUAAGCUUUUAUAUCCUAAUAAACACAGAGCUGUAAUUCCAUUUCUCAGCUUGUGAAAGAUGUCAGCAUGUUGGGUGUAUCUCCAUGUAUCUCACACCUGGUAAACGUAGUUGACAAGGAUCUAUUUUCUAAGGAAUCCUCCUUUAUCUGCAGAGGAGCUGAGAGAAUCAGACCAUCCCCCAUUCCUCUGUAUCUGAACUUCCUCAGCUAUCAAACCUUCUGGUUGAGAGAAAUGAUUUCAAAACCCGUGAAGUUUUGUGCAUGUAGGGAUUACCAGCAACUCAUGAAGUGAUGGAUACCAUGUAGAAUUUGAGUGUUGCACAAGCUAAUUUUGAAUCAUUUAAAAAUAUAAACCACAGUGAUAAGUGACAAGCAGUAGGAAGCUAAGAUUUUACAUACGCCCCAAGACUAAAUAUGCUCACAAAGUGACCAGUUUUAAACGUCUACAGAGGUUUUUAACUCCUUUUGAGAUAAUAUUCACACAGUAGAGGUGACUGCAUUCUGACUCCUCAUUUUUUCACAUUUUCUUUUAUGCUUUGCACUUUCAUAUCUCCAUACGCACCCCACCACCCAUCUUUUUCAAACAGAUUGCUCAUGCCCUAGGAUCUAGAGUGUUUGGUUAUUCUUCGUAAGCCUGCCCUUUUCCGCAGGCAGCUCUUUAAGCCCCUUGUUGUCUCUUAGUGUUUGCAGAGAAGUACAGUUAAACCCUGGUGGAGUUGCUCCCUUACAUGCUCCCAGCCCCUCCCAAGGCUCAGGAGGAAAAGCUAGAAAACACAAUAAAAAUUGGAAAGGAACCAAAAUCUUUGAGGCUAAUAGCCUAGACCUAGAAGCCGACCUUGACUAUAUAACCAUUCUAUUCAUGACAGAAUAUUUAAACUCUUCAUGUGCAUAGAAUACCUGCUUCUGCUUCCAUUGUUUCAAGCUCACCCUGUCUAUUGUCUUUGAUACCUACAGACUAAAAGGUACUUAUAUCAUGGUUUCUCAAAAACAUUUACAAAACCAGCUUUGAGGAAAUCGAGAGUGUUUCCUGGCGACAGCAUUUGAAGUAGUAAGUGUACUUUCUCACUGUGAUGUUGUUCUGUGUACAUAACCAAUGUAGUGACUCUUCGGUUCAUUAUUGGUAAUGUUUUUAUUUGUAGUCUCUGUGACCCACCAGUGGCAGGGAGUUCCAAUUCACUCUCCUGUCCUGUUUUGCAUUUGUCUAUUUGUAGAAUUGCCAGAUAAAAGGCACCCAGUUAAAUUUGAAUUUCAGAUAAAUAAUUGUUUUGCUUAAGUAUGGUUUGCAUUAUUUGGCUUAUAUUUACUGUAAAAAAUUAUUGUUUAUCUGAAAUUCAAACUUAACAUCCUGGGCUUUUUGGCUUUGUUUUGUUUCGUUUUACUAAAUCUGGCAAGCCUGUUGAUUUGGUUGUAGGAAAUUGCUUACAGCAUGUAAAUUCUUCUAGACUUCACUCUCUUUCACAUGGAUUGGAGGACCUUUUUUUCCCCCCUCACCCUCUUCUUUCCAAAAGAGAGCGUCAAGGAACUCAACCUGCCUGCAUGGUGGGUUUCUAUUUAAGACAUCUUUAUGAUUAUAUUUAACCUGUAAUUGUGCUUUGGCUAAAUGUCUAACUUACAGUACUUGUAAUUGUUUAAUAUUCAAUAAAAACAUUUUUAAAGUA